AUGCCUCCCAAAUCACCGCCGUUGGGUAGUCUCGCAGUGCAGGCACCUUCAUUGACCCCAAAGAUUGUCCACGUCUCUCCAACGACAUGUCAUGAUCUCUCACUGUUCAAAGAUCUCCUCAGAGAGUAUCGCAAGCUGGAUGACCUCAUAAAUAUGCGACUGAAUCGUACUACUGCCCAGUAUCGUGACCAAGACAGGCUGGGGCUGGGAGGCAAGACAAACGUGAAUGUGGAAGACCAAGCAUGUGCUCAAGUCUGGAGGGAACUCGUUUUGAAUUGGAAACGUCGUACAGAAAUCGUGGACUACUGUGUAGGGGUCGUGGAUCAAUCCAUGGAAGACAGGCGGCAGUCGAUGAAAACGGAGGACGAUCCCGCUAUUCAGCGGCGUCAACAGGGUGCCCUAUACGCCGAAGAAGUUAAGCGGAACCAAGUGCAUAACGAGCUGACAGUCGAGAAGAUAGUUCGGAAAAGGUCAUUGGAUGCAUUCCGUUCUCGCUGUAAGUACUUUGAGCCGCCACUCUCCGAGGCAGAAGCUCGCAAGUGGUGGGACGCUGCGCAAGCAAGUCGAUGA